ACAGAGAAAGCAUCCUGGACAGAAGUGAAAGAACUUCUUAAAUCAGAGACAAGCUUCCAAGGCAAGUUUCCUAAAGAAAAAUGGGCACCAAGGGCAAAGUUAUCAAAUGCAAAGCAGCCAUCGCCUGGGAAGCAAACAAGCCCCUUUGCAUAGAAGAGGUUGAGGUAGCUCCCCCCAAGGCACAUGAAGUUCGAAUUCAGAUAAUCGCCACUGCCUUGUGCCAUACCGAAGCCCAUAUUCUCCAUCCUAAAUUUACAGAGGCUUUUUUCCCAGUGAUUCUUGGCCAUGAGGGGGCAGGAAUUGUGGAGAGUGUUGGGCCAGGAGUGACCAACUGCAAACCAG